GGUUAAGCUAGACGUACCUAUUAUGAAUCAUUAACAAUAAAGUACAUAUUUUGUAUGCAACAUUUACAAUAAGUUAUUCAUUUGUGAAACUUCGUUUGACUUACAGUACCAAAAUAUGUUGUGUCCUGAAUAUAUUUUAUUUUUUAUUCUGUGCAUAUUUCACAAACAAGUUUUAGGACAAUGUCCACAAAACUGCGCAUCAUGCUCCAGAAGUGACGAUGCACAAAAGUGUGAUAUAUGCAACUACGGAUAUUGGUCAAAAAAUGACAGCUACUGUUCUCCUUGUCCUCAAAAUUGUAAACAAUGCACAAACGCUUCACAAUGUACAAUAUGUAAGUCAGGAUUCUGGGAUAUACGACCUAACCUGAUAUGUGGUUCUCCUUGUGACGAAACCUGUACUGCCAGCAGAUGCAAUGAUACAACAGGGUAUUGCUUGGGGUGUCAUCCAGGUUUUUAUGGACGUCAUUGCGACCGUAGUUGUGGCCUGUGUAUUAACAAAUUAUGUAAUCAUCAGAGAUGUAUGACUGGAUGUAUUGAUGGAUAUUAUGAGAGUACAGGCAACGGCUUUGAAUGCAAAAAAUGUCAUGACCAUUGCUCUUCAUGUGUAAGUUUGACAAAUUGUACACAGUGUGAAAGGGGCUACUUUUUAUUCAGCUAUGAACACUCUGAUGAUUCGUUUUGUGCAGCAUGCAAUCCGGCUUGUGAAACAUGUAUAAGCUAUAGUGAAUGUGUCUGUCAGUCGGGAAAAUACGGACCUACUUGCAGUAAAGACUGCAAUAUUUCAAACUGCACGAGUUGCAUCGAGGUUGACAGUGUUGUAAAAUGUACAGAAUGCAUAAGCGGAUACACAGUUCUGAACGGAUAUUGUGUUCCUGGAACAAAUCUGUGUUCACAAUAUUGUUCUAAUGGUUGUGAUAGCAAUCAAAAUUGUUUAGGUGGUUGUCAAAAUGGCUGGACUGGUCAGAAGUGUACAGAAAUGUGUGCUGACCAAUGCGGAAAAUGCGAUCAGAAUGAUGGAAAGGACUGCAAAAUUUGCAAAGGAGAUUUCUAUACAGCAGCAUGCACUCUCCCUUGUAGUUUACAUUGCUCAACAAUUACAGGCUUACCGAGAUGCAAUAUAAAUAACGGAACGUGUUUAAAUGGUUGUGAUAAAGGAUACUGGGGCGUUAAAUGCAACAAAACUUGUAAUGAAGGUUGCAGCUCAGAAUCAUGUAACCAGUCAGAUGGGUUCUGUGACACUUGUAAUCGAACGCAUUACGGAGACGCUUGUCAAAAUAAAUGUAGUGAAUAUUGUAUUGACAAUGAUGACCCGUCUACAAUCUGCUAUAAAACGAACGGGACAUGUGUGCAUGGAUGUAAAGAUGGAUACAGAGGCAAUAUUUGUGAAGAUGAGCUGACAGUCAGUACGAUUGUGACACUGUCAUCAUCAACAGAUAAUGUUGCAUUAUUAGCAGACACAGUGUAUGGCCUUCAAAGGCAACUGAAUAUGUUGUCAGAUUUUUGUGAUACAUUUAGAUUAAAAGUAAAUGAAGGCAAAACUAAACUUGUAGUCUUUAAAAAUGGCGGCGUACUUGCGAGGAAUGAAAAAUGGAGAUAUAAAGAUGCUGAGAUUGAAGUUGUAGAUACAUUUGGUUAUGUUGGAUUGACAUUUACUAGACAGAUAUCUAUGAAUUGUAGUAUGGAUUUAGAAAUUGAGAAAGGAAGGUAUACUAAUACCGCAAGAGAAAAUAGAAAAUGUAAACUAUGCGAUACCAAUUCUGUUGAGGACGUGUGCCAUUUCCUGUUGCGCUGUGGAUGUUAUAGAGAUCUCCGUGAACUACAUAUACCAAACAAAUAUUAUACUCGUCCAGAUGUUAAUAAAUUUAAUAUUCUUAUGUCUACAAGAAAUGAAGAACUGAUAAAAUUAACAGCUGUAUUUCUUUAUUAUGCAUUUGAGAAAAGAAAGAAACUUUUACAAACUUUAUUAGAGCAAGAUAUUUAG